CGAAGCAUCUUCUUACAUAGCACUGAAGGCUAAAUAUUUCUCUCGUCAUGUUGCUGAUAAUUUACACUCACAGCAACUUCAUUUGUCGUAAAUCCAGUGCUGAUGAAGCCACUGGUUGUAUUAUUAGACUUUUUGGUGACUAUUUGAGUGAUGAAGAGAGUCACCCUGAAGUGACGCCCUGUGAGGGCUCUCUGGCUGGCUCCUCUGUCUGUAUGAAGCCAGUGUAUACGGUGGCAUGUGGCUGGGAUUAGGACAUUUCACUGUGGAUUAAAAUCUUUCUAACGCCUCCAUGGCCACUCGCUAAAAGAAAGGAGUCUGAAGUUCCAGCGGAGAUCCAGUGGCCCAUGGUCUCACUUAGCAGCUCAAGGAUGCCCCAGGUGCUCCAGGGUCACAUCCAGCCAGCUGGACACAGAAGCUGCAAAUCUCGCCUGGUCACUAAAGACGGGCACUGCAACAUUGAGUUCGGCAACAUUGAAUACAGCAACCAAUUUGCGUUCCUGGUGGACUUCUGGACCACGUUUAUGGAGAUCCGCUGGCGUUUUGUUCUCCUUCUGUUUGUGGCCUCGUUCACAGGCAGCUGGUUCAUUUUCAGCCUGUUGUGGUACUGGAUCGCAAGGAACAACGGGGAUCUGAUGGGGCAGAACCGCACAGAUGGACAUAUUCAGUGUAUAGACAAUGUUAAUGGCCUGACAACAGCGUUCCUCUACUCCCUGGAGACCCAGACGACCAUUGGGUACGGUGGCAGGACGCUAACUGGGCACUGUGCCGGCACUGUGGCUCUCAUCAUCAUCCAAUCUCUAGUUGGCGUCUUUAUCAAUUGUUUCAUGUGUGGCAUCAUCUUGGCAAAAAUCUCCUUACCCAAAAAAAGGGCAAAGACUGUCACCUUCAGCGAUACAGCUGUCAUCUGCUUGAAGAAAGGAAGUCUUUGUCUCCUGAUCAGAGUGGCAAACCUUCGAAAGACCUUAUUAAUUGGCAGCCAGAUCUAUGGAAAGCUGCUUAAAACAACAACCACAUCAGAUGGAGACACCAUCAUUUUGGACCAGGUGGACAUUGACUUUAUGAUCGAUGCUGGCAAGGAUAACUUGUUUUUUGUUUGCCCUAUCACCCUUUACCACGUGAUCAACAGAUCAAGCCCAUUCUACGAGCUGUCAGCCGACUCUCUUGCCCACCAGGACUUUGAGUUGGUGGUCUUUUUGGACGGGACAGCCGAGUCCACCAGCUCCUCCUGUCAAGUCCGAACCUCCUACAUCCCUCAGGAGAUCCAGUGGGGAUACAGUUUCCUGCCCAUCAUCUCCCGCACCACGACAGGAAAGUACCGCGUGGACUUCUCAAACUUUUCAAAAAGCGUCCGGGUCACCACGCCACACUGCGUCCAAUGCUUCGAGACAGACGCAGACCAUAAAAACCACAAUGCCCAUAACCAAGAAAAUCACAACAACCAGCAGAAGUCGGGGAUCGACAACUUGGGGUUUCAAGUGAUCGACAUUCACGACUCUGUGGACAUCACCAAAAUGUGAGCGGUUUGGAGAGGAGUUUCAAGAUGUGGAUUAUAAAGUGUAAAAAGUCACUUCCUUUAAAGCAAAGUUUCACUUUAAGUCAGACUUCCUUGACGAGGAGUAAACUGGUAAAGAAAUAUGUGCUUCCUCCAGUGAAUAUUUGAAUGAAUUGUCACCUCAUUUUUUGCCUCGAGGCUGAAACAUCCGACGUGACAACAAACACUCGGACACGAUCGUCAGUUGAGCACUGUGCUCAGCAGCUCAUUACAAUCAAAGCACCUUCGGCACUUGUGACUAGGUAAUGUGUGGAAAAGGGGGAAAAGUGGGAUUGAAGUUUUGACGCAUAGAAAAUGAAAGGGGUAAAAUACUGGAUGGCACAGUGGGUACUUCUAGAGGAGAUUAGGGCCUGAGCCUGUUAUAAUGAAAAACUGUGUGCUAUGACAGACAGAAAGGAAAUAAAAAGUAGGACAGGCCUUUUGAGUUUUCUCAUUAUUUCUACUAAAACACUAAUUGCAUGCUAUUUUUUUGUCAUGUUGACAUGUUGUCUUGUAUGCGCUGAUAUUUAGGAAACUGUGGACAUAGCAGCCAAAUGAGUUGAUUUUAUUUGGGAGAAGUCUACAUUAAAAAAUAAUAAUACUGUGUAACACUGAAACGUCUUCUCAGGGAAAAAACAUCCUUAGUAGGAAUAAACCUUUAUUUCUACAA